AUGAGUGAAAAUAAUAGCGACGAUGAUAUAAAAAAGAAUUAUAAUGGGAAAAGAAAGCGAAAAAGUGAUGAAAGUUUCGCUGAGAAGAAGAUAAAGAUCGAGCAUGAUGUGUUUAACUGCAAUGGAAUGAAAGGCGAUGAAGAGGCAUUAAGUAUUGCGUCUUCGUCAAAAUGGUUGAAUCCUGUUGAAAUGUCACAUGUUGUGGACAGUUUCUUCAGGAAUCUUCGAAUUGAUUUGAAACGAUAUUUAAAAGAAGCUGUGCAAAUUUCAAGUAUUUCAUUUGGCGCUGCAAUUGAUUUGUUGCAUAAUUUCCUAGCUGAUGGUAGUAGUAUAACUCUUCAUCCUGAUUUUCCCAAAAAACCUCCAAGUAGUUUCGUUUUAUUUUGUAAAAAACGAGGCGAUGUAAAACAUGGGAUCUGGCACUUUAAAGAUUUAUCGGCAAUGUGGAAAAAUGAUGAUUAUAAAGAAGAAAAAUUAGCUUGUGAAAAGGAAUCGUUGGAUUUACAAAGAAAUUAUAUGGAGAAUCUUGAAAAAUUCAAGUAUUGUGACUUAGAACCUGAAAAGCGCAACAAAAAGUUGCUGAAAAAAUUCAAUAAGCUGAGCGAUGAUCAACGAGCCAUUUAUCAGAGCCUCGCAUCUGCUUUGUAA